UGCAAAUUCGGGAAAAAACAGGAACAAGACGCCAUCUUGAAAGAAAACUUUGUACAAAGGUUUCUCCAAAAUGCCAGUUCAGUGUGGUCCCGAGUCUGAGCAAGACCUGUCCAUGCACAAGGACGAUGGAUCCCAAAUGCCCUCUGUGGUGGACCAGAUCAAACUCAUGCAAGACAACAUGAGUAUGAUGUUACAGAAAGCUGAGCAGGAAGAGGAGGAGUUGAAGAAUCUUGCGGAUGGUGCCAACAGUCUCAUGAUGGAAAAUGAAAUGCUAGAAGCCAAAACAGCAAAGCUGUACCUUGAACUAAGUAUAAAACAAGGAAACAUUGAAAACCUUCAGCAAAAAAAUGAAACCCUGGAGUAUGAUAUGCAACAAAGCAUCAAUACUCUACAGCAGGAAAAGGACAAGCUAGGAACAAUGAUAGAUUGUACAAUAAUCCUCCAGGAAAAAAAUGCUUCACUAGAGGCCAAAGUGCAAAGUAUGGAGCAGACAAUGUGUGAAAGGCAAGAAACCAUCAACAGCCUCCUGCAAGUCAAGAGCACACAAGAGGCCAAAGUGAAGCACCUGGAGCAAACACUGCAUGAAAGUCAACAAAACAACAACAGACUUCAGGCAGAGGACAGCAUGCUACAAGACAGAGUGCAGAGUGUGGCAUGUGCACUGUAUCAAAGGGAAGAGAUCAUCAAUAGCCUCCAGCAAGAAAAGGAUAAACUAGAUGUCAAAGUGAAGGACCUAGAGCAAACACUGCAUGAAGGUGAACAAAUCAACAACACACUUCAGGAAGAGAACAGCAUGCUACAAGACAACGUGCAUUGUAUGGCAUCUACAUUGUAUCAAAAGGAAGAGAACAUCAACAGCCUCCAGAGAGAAAAUGGCACGUUAGAUACCAAAGUGAAGGACCUGGAGUGCACACUGAUUAAUUGGCAACAAAACAUCAAUGACCUUUUGCACGAAAUGGGCACACUAAAAGCAGAGGUGCAGGAACUAGAGGAUACAAAACUGAUGCACACCCAUCAGAUUCAUGACUUCAAAAUGACCAAAGAGGCUCUACAAAAUGCUUUGUACUCAUCCUCUUAUGAAAUUAGAUAUAGAUCCUUGCCUGAGAAGAAUGGCUGUGCCCUGAUCAUCAACAACACCCAAUUCACAACAUCAGAGAUGGGUGAAAGGACUGGUGCAGAAGGAGACACUCAAAAACUGGCAGAAGCUUUCCGAAGCCUACCAGUCAACAUUGAAGUGAAGACCUACCAGGACCUUGAUCUACCCACAAUGUUGAGUGUACUAGAAGAAGAGGCUAACAGAGACCAUACAGAUGAAGACUUCUUCAUUUGCUCCAUCAUGACCCAUGGAACACAGGGGAAGGUGUAUGCAGCUAAUGGUUAUGGUGUUGACAUUCUUGACAUUGUUUCCACUUUCAAUGGGAAACGAUGCCCUUCUCUUAUUGGCAAACCCAAACUGUUCUUUAUCCAGGCUUGUCAGGGGGAUAAGCACCAGUCUUCUGAUAGAGCCAAUGCUAAUUCUGAUGCUUCGCCUUCAUCCAUUUUGGCAUACCUCUCAACAGAGGCUGAUUUCUUUCUAGCUCUAGCUACCGUGCCUGGGUAUGCUGCAUACAGGGGGGAGGAUGGGGCUCACUUUGUCAAUGUUCUGGCAAGGGUGUUGAAGGAACAUGGAAAAUCCCAAGACCUGAUGAGUAUGAUGGCUACAGCCAGUAAGGAGCUAAAUGAAAAGUAUGAGUACAGUCCCUUCUGCUGCACAACACUCAGACGCAAGCUAUUCUUUGAUCAUGCGCUUGAGCAGUCAAGGUUUGUUAAUUAAAUCCUGCAAUAGGUCCUGGCCAAAGCUAAGUACAUUUAACUCUCAAGCCUUGUAACUUCAAAUACUUGAACAUGUAGGCUGUAGAGAACUGAAACAUCAAAUUGAAUGUACACGUAUACAGAAAACCAGGGAACAAAGA